GAUGAAAUUUUCAUAUUUUAGAUUUCAUUUUGUAUUUUAUGUGCAUUUCCCUUUACACAUUGCUUUUGUUGGGGCUACGCCCGCCUGCACGUUUCGUUGAAUAUAUAUAUUUAUGGUAUGCAGGAUGACAAUCGCUUUUUUCGUUUCCAUAUUCGGUGUUUAUAUUUCAUUAAAUUGUUCAGCAACUCUCUUGGGUGGCAGUUCACUGAACACAUCCGAUGGAGUGUCUACUUACAAUGCUUCCUUAGGUCCCCUGUCUGCUGAUCGUUGCGAAAAUGCGCAAGCCCCUACACAUCAGGCUUUACAACUUGUAUUGCCUGAGGAGGAUGUUGAAUCAUUGCGGAUUAGGGUAAAUGAGGCUUUUGAUGCUGAGCGGGACCACUUGAACAAUGGUUUCCGUGCAUCAGACAGUACUAUCGCUGGCACUGUGUCUGCUGCUCCUGCUAUCUUUGGAGCUGGGACCGGAUGCUGUUCUGAGGCCAAACCUAAUCCGGAGGAACAUUGUUCUACUGGAGCAUGUCCUUCAAAAGUACCUGCUGCAGAGCCUGCCGCGGCGGCUAGUCACUGUGCAUCUGCCGAGUCAUCUGGAUCUUGCAGCAUGCCUAUGUAUUUUGAGAACACCGUGAAAACUGUGAUAUUAUUUCACUUUUGGAAAACGACUACUGGAACUCAGUAUGCAGUGAGUCUAUUCUUUAUUUUCGUCCUUUCUCUGAUGACUGUCUUUUUGAAGGCAUUUAGGAAUAAGCUCAAUUGUGCUUUAUUGCAGCGUCCCAAUGGUUACCAUCCGACUGUAAAAUACGGUAUUAUGUAUAUAUUGGCGUUUGUUGUAACUUUCAUGGACUUUGCCAUGAUGUUGGUUGUGAUGACGUUCAAUGUCGGUAUCGUUUUGGUUGUUUGCUCUGCUUAUGCUCUAGGCUACAUUUUCACAUGUUGUCCUUUGGGGCUUUCUGAAGCAGCAAAUGGGUCGCGUUGCACUCAGGAGUGCCCAGCUGAUUGUUGUUGUUAGAGUGAUCUUACUUUCUUCAUCUUUGCUACCACAUGUUGCUUUGGGAAU